AAAAUCUUGCCUGGCAAAAACGAAUAUCACAGCAAGCACCUGCUGCGACGGCUUCCCAGACAAUGUAUUGAGGGCUGGAAGUCUUUUGGUUUUUUUGCCAUGGAGCAACCGUUGUUCCGCAACUCGUCCUCGGCGCGGACUGAGUUGUUUGCCAAGCUUAAACCAUGUUGUGUGGAGAUCAGCAAGCUUGUGAUGCGCCCACCCGCGGCACCAUCGCAAAACAACCAGUUGCUCCAGUUGACGGAUCAAGUCUACUCCAUCCUCAAUGGCCAGAUCAGCUAUGACGCCUCGGCUGUGGAUGCAAAGAUUGCGGAAUAUGUUUUCUUCCCACUUUCGUUCAUCUUCAAGAAUAAGGAAGACCACUCCGCACGAGUGCUCGAGAACGCCAUCAAGUGUCUGCGCAUGCUGAUUCAGUAUGGCUGGCGAUCUACCAUCUCUACGAGUCUGGCUCAACAACUACUCAUCCUUCUCACCUUCAUCAUCGCCGGCGUCCCUGGCCAGCAGAGGACUGCACCUCCGCCAGAAGAGACAGUCCUGGAGUGCUACAGAUCUCUUGCUGUCUUGAUUAGAGAGGCAUGUCAGUCAAGCUCCGCUUCGGAAUCCCUGGUGGACUCUAGUGGACUACCAAGUUUAGGCCACACCGUGACUGUCAUUCUGGAUGGCACCAUAGAUGGGACGACUGCGGAUAUCCAGCUCGCAGCACUAGAUGCCCUGAGGGCUCUCUUUGUCUCGAUGAAGGACCGUUCUGCUCUUGCAUCCUUCCUACCAGGCAGUGUCUCGACUUUAUCUAAACUUCUAUCGCCACCUGCGUCACUUAAGCUCCAGAAACGUGUACUCUGUUACGGAAUAAGAGUCUUUGGGGAUGUCCUGACCAGAGUCUUGGGUGACAUACAUAAUAGAGAUGCGCUGAGACAGCUCACCUCAGACACGACGGAAGAAGAAAAAGAUGACGAACUAUCUGGAAAGGAGCUGUCUGCAUCUUGGCUAAAAGCCACAUCCGCUCAAGUCAGAAUGGCGCUUGCCAUGGUACUCAAGCUGCGUUCCCACGAGUCGGAUGAUGUUCGCGAGGCCGUUGAGAGGCUUUCUCUAUGCCUCUUAGAUGAGUGCCAUGCGUCUUUGGCCGACUGCACGGUAUUCCUCGUCGAGACAGCGAUUGUUACCUGGAAAGAAGAAAAGGAUUCAGCCGAUCUGUUGGGUGGUCCAAAGCAUACCGCUUUGAGCAUUCGUGACUCUGCGCUGCCACAAAGCGCAGCUGUUCAAACUACGUUGCAGGAUCUGGCCAUGAUAUAUCCAGAACUCCAAGAUGCUAUCAAGACCGUGGUGCAUAACAUGAUAACUAGUAUGCCCAGAAUCAUGCAAACUUCAGACGAAAGAAUUAAGCAGCAGUCUAUAUUUGCACUCUCUCAAGGGCAGCGAAUGGUGAAAGUCCUACACAUUGACUCGUCCCUGUUGCACGAAGCACUAUCUUCGUCUCUGAGAGACAGUAUUGUGGCUUUGACUUCAAGCAAAAAACAUCUGAACGUGGUGGCCGACGCUGAAUUCGGAGGGGAGAUGAGUGUGAACUCCACAGACUUGGUUGCAAGGCCCGGUGAAACUCGAACAUUCAAACCCAUCAUGCUAGCGCAUGGGAGUCAAGCAGGUACGCGCGAUGCCUUCCUCAGGAUGGUUGCCGGUAUUGGCUCGCCAUCCCAACAGGCAGAGCUCGCUACCGACAUGAUAAGUCUAGCAAGAGAUUUGUCAGGAAUAGAUCAGGUCACAGCCCUAUGGCUAGCAUUCGAACUACUGAAAGUAGCACUAGCCAAGAAUGAGCAGGACGAGCAGUUCUUUGAUUUUUCCGGCGCCAUGUCAACAAGCGAGCCCACGGAAGUAUUUCAAGAGCUUUAUCAGUUUUCCGUCUUGAUAUUGACAUCACAUACUGACAGUCUCGAGGUUGACUGGAGGCUGGAGGCGAUAGCUAUCGAGGUUACAACUUUUGCCGCCUCUCAGAUGGGGGUUUCAUUCAGGCCAGAGCUCAUUGAUACUCUCUACCCUAUAGCAACAUUUCUGGGCUCACAAAACACCCAGCUAAGGCUUCAUGCGAUGACCGCCCUUGGCUUGAUUGCUUCAGCGUGUGGAUAUCAGGAUGUGUCAGAAUUGAUUGUUGACAAUGCCGACUACAUGGUCAACUCGGUAUCUCUCCGCCUGACUUCAAUGGAUAUUACCCCAGCGUCACUCCAAGUACUGAGGAUGAUGGUCAGACUCACGGGGCCGAGACUGCUACCUUUUCUAGACGACACGGUAGCCGCCAUUUUUGCCGCUCUUGAAAAUUAUCAUGGGUAUCCUGCCUUUGUCGAGCGACUGUUUUCUGUGCUCUCAGAGGUGGUGCAGCAGGGCGUCAAGUCUGACGUGCUCCUACUUGAAUCGACAGAAGCCAGAACUGUCGAUCACAGGAAAAGACCAAUUACAAUAGCAACCAUCAAGGACAUUGAGUCUGAAGUCAAAGAGAGAAUGGCAAAGAAGCAGAAAAGGAGAAUGGAGAAAGAUGAUAUUCUUCCUGGCGCCAGAGUUAAACAUCCUCAGAAGCCGUGGGCUUCUGAAGCAAAAGAACUUUUAGAUGAAAGGGAGAGGAAGAUGAACGCCGAUGAUGAUGAGGGAGCAGAAGACACAGGGCCAGGCGGUGAGAUUGAGAAACCAAAGCCGGUCCGUACGCCCACAUAUGAACUGCUGUCACGAGUUACGACCUUGACACAAUAUUAUUUGACAUCACCAACUCCGACUUUGCGAAAAUCGUUACUGGAUCUUCUCUCUACAAUAACUUCGUCCAUGGCCUUGGAUGAGGAUGCAUUUCUGCCCAUGGUCAACUCUCUCUGGCCAGUCGUGAUAUCGCGCCUUCACGACGGGGAGCCAUUUGUUGUGGCUGCAGCUCUCAGAGCAAUCGCGGCGCUUGCACAAGGGGCUGGAGACUUUUUGGCCUCGAGGAUCAAGACCGAAUGGUGGGACUUUAUGUACAGGUGGUGCCUGAAGGCAAAACAAGAUUCCAAGGCUGUUUCUAUAGGAAAUGGUGGUAGAAGUGGCAAAGGUAACAAUUCUAUCCCUUCUCACUCCGGUCGGAAUGUGGGCAGACUUAACAUGGCCUUGGUUGGUAAUGAAGUGGUGCUACCACACCGUGGACAAGGUGGCAGUAAAACUGGCACCGGCGGUGUUGAUCUCGAAAAGUAUUCAAACAGUGGGUUAGGAAGGUUUGCGCAGGCAGCACAAGUAUGGGAAGCCACUGUCGAUAUGCUCGUUGCACUGGUCUCAUUUGUCAGGCUGGAUGACGAGAUGUUUGACCAAAUUUUAGAACUUCUCGCCGACGAGCUCGACAGAAAUUCAGAUGCCCGCGCAGCGCUCGAGGUGGUUAAUGCGGAUGCGGUUUGGCUGGCCAGGUUGGAACGUGGCUCGUUGGCACAAGAUCUCAGUGUACCACCAGUCAUGGACGGAAUCAGGUUCGCUACUUGGGCCUAA